AUGGCUGCUCAAUCUGGUGAUAUUCCAUCUGAGGCUGACUUCAAGCUUCUUGGUGAUGCUUAUGGCCUUUCCUCAAUAGAUGGGGUUGAGUUUCCAUCUCCAAAGUCGAUGAUCUUAUCUCCUCCACUAGGAAAGGUGGGUAUCUACUUGAAAACCCUUGAAAAUGGUCUGCGUCUUCUUCUUACUAAAUUACAGGAUGAGAUUUUGCAGAAGAAUGGGUGCAUCAUCCAAAUGCUCACCCUGAAUGUUAUUAACAAAGUAGUGGCAUUUGAGAUGAUUUGUCGAGCCACCGGGCUGCUUCACGAUUACUUUGUCUUUAAGUAUUUCUUCAGGUUCAGUGCUACGGGUGACAAAUAG